CGGCGUUCGCGAUGAAGACUCUGUGUCAGGCGGAACAUUACGUCGCUAUCGAACACAACCAGACCUGCGCCUCUGUCGAGUGGAUCGCCCAACAGCAAAACACAGACGGUAGCUUCAAGGAGAAGGCGUGGGUCACUCACAGGGAAAUGCUGGGCGGCAUCAAUGGUGACGUCUCUCAUGCAGCCUACAUCUUGAUAGCCCUGAUGGAGUGUGACUGCCCUGGGAAGGUCCAGAAAGAAGUGAUCGUCAAAACGAUGCGUUUCAUCCAGACACGAGUUGCCUUGACAGAUCGACCUUUGGCCUUGGCCACCAGCGCCUACGCCUUGACCUUAGCUGGAAGUAGGAUCAGUGAGGUUGUCGUAAAACGACUGAUGAUGUUGGCCAAGUCUUCUCCAGAGGGUUUCACCUACUGGGCUCCAGGCACGGACGAAGACUUCAAGGACCACGACAAGCCGUACUGGUUCGCCAAAAAGCCAGGAGCCCUAGCGGUGGAAGUGACAUCAUAUGCUCUCCUCACCCUGUUGGUGAGAGGUGACAUCAAGACCGGAACCAGUAUUGUUGGGUGGCUCACGCAACAGAGAAACUCACACGGAGCCUUCAUUUCUACACAGGACACUGUCGUCGGUCUCCAAGCCCUGUCCGAGUACAGCAUCAAGUCUUACUCCGCCAUCUUGGACAUGACUUGUCACAUUAGCUCUGAGGUUGAUGAUCGCUUCAGAAAGUCAAUCUCGCUCACCCCUGAAGACGCCAUGGUUCUGAAGUCGGUGCCGAAGGUUCCCACGGGUGGCAAGCUCCACUUCGAGGCUGAAGGUACCGGAGUAGGCCUGAUGCAGGUUGAGGUCCGCUUCAACGUCCCUAAUGACCUUGACCAGUGUCGGUUUGAUGUGAAGGUCAACACACACAGGCCCAACACACUGAUACAGAGCUUCUUUGGAGAAUCGAGAUCCAAGUGUGAGCCCUGUGACCUCGAGUGCGAAGAAGACGACUACGACGACAUCGACGGCGACGAGGGAGAUGAUGAUGAUUUUGAAAAUUUCACGUUCCCUCCUAUUGUUCCGAGGAUUCAAACCCUGUGGUACAAGAGGAAAUCGGGGGCUGGCAGCGCUACGCCUCGACCAUCGAAGAAACAAGGACCCGGUGUUGAGGACAACAUGUCUAGCGCCCAGACACCAAGAAUACCGUUUGGCUCCAAGAUGGGACGGCCCCGCUCUAGGCGUUCUGUGAAACCCUACAGUGACGUGGUCGUCUGUAUACAGGUGUGCGCCAGGUUCCUGGGGGUGAAGACGACAGGUAUGUCUGUGAUGGACGUUGGGCUGUUUACAGGGUUUGUCCCUAUCGAGGAGGACCUGAAGGCGCUGAAAGAGAAGGGCAGUAUUGAUCACUACGAGAAAUCCAAGAGAUCCGUGGUGUUGUACAUUGAUGAGAUCUCAAACACGCAGAGCAGCUGCGUGCGUUUCCGCGCCCGCCAAGAACACAUGGCUGAAAACAUCCAACCGGCCAAGGUGCAGGUCUUUGACUACUAUAACCCAGGUCGGUGUGCUUACUGCGAGGAGUCUUGGAGUGGACUUCGCUGGAUGGACAUGAUGAGGUUUGCCUGCAAAAAUGCUACGUAUGUGCUGGAGAUCAAGGCACUUGACCGUGAUCUUGAGAAGGCGGGAUUUGAGAGAAUCUUGGGACAGAUCUCGGACACUAGCGUUCAGCGUGGGCCGCACAAACUGCAGGUGGGAGACAAAGUCAUCCUGUUGAAGAGGGCGUCCUGUUUCUGCCCACGGGUGUCGCCGGGCAAGUCCUACCUCAUGAUGCUUGACGCUCCGAAACGCUUCCGGGACAGUGAUGGCAACCAGAUCUACGCCUUCCUCCUGGAUAAGACUAUCUUCGCCCUGGAAAACUUCAAGGUCAAGCAGAAGGGACUGACCAGUGCCCAGCGGUCUACAGCCAAGAGCGUCAGGCGUACGGUCAGGCGACUCAAAAGACGUGGCUGCUCGCGUGUGAAACACCGCAAGAAAAACCGGAGGGGGAAAGGAAGAGGGAAGAAAUCGGAGAGGGCGAACACGAGGAGGUCAUAGGUCACACAGAGGAGUAGUGGCAACUAUGGCAACGAGCCAGAGUUCUAACAGCCUCUGGAGAAAUUAUUGUGCUAGAGAUUAGUUUGCGAAAGUGAAGAAAACCAAUUUUUAUGACGUCAUCGGAAACUACGGUGGAAAACUUCUCUCAGUAUUAUCCUUCCAAAAGAGUAAUGAAAGCUGUGAUUUGUCAGAAUUACAAAUAGACCCUUACUUUAGUACAAAGAAGUUUAUGCAUAAUAUUUUUCGUUUUUCAAUGCACUGUGUAUUAUAAUGACCUUUCGGAAACACCAGAAUGAGGUGUUUCGAAAACAAAACACGUUCAGCAAUACAGGGUAUUCACUGACCACAUUUAUGUUACGAUUAGAAGUAUCACUAAUGUGCUUCAAAAAUGUAUCUUUAGUUCACCAGAUCUAUAUUGUAAAAAAGAAACAAACUUCUUUACCUAUACAUGCCGAAUUGCACCCAACAACAACGAGUGCUCCAAAGAAAAACAAAAUCUCAUUAAUUUAGUUAACGUAUGCAACCCCAGCAUUUUGUGAAGGAGAUUUUGUAAUACAAACAAAAGAUGUAAAAUAAAAGUUAUUAAAUGUAUACAUAGCCUACACGAAGCAACCGUUCCAUACUGCAGGCUGGUGACGACUAAAGUUUUUUUUUUUAAGAAAGAAAAAUUAACAUGAAUUAGUUUCAAACCGUUUGGCUUUGUAUAAAUUAUGUGGUCUUGCCAGUCGGCCCUACAGCUAAUGGUUUUCUGUGUAAUAUUAUCGUUGUCUGUUAACUAUGCAUCUUCCAUGUAUGUUAAAUAAUAAAACUAAUAAAGUCAACCCAAACUA